GCCCUUUAAAAGGUCAAGUGGCUUCUUCCCACUCUCCAUAAAGAACAGAAGUGGUUUUAUAUCCUGAAUUCCUGAUUUAUCUCUGAAUUCCCUGCCCAAAAGAAAUAAUCAGGAAACGCAAUGGAGUUCCCCAUGAAUCAACCUUUCCCGUGGCACUACCUCCUUGCCUCUCCUGCCCUCUUCUCCUACCCCCUCAUCCCAGAAAAUUAUGUUCACUGGGCUCAAACCCCUGAUUCCCAUGUUUACUCAGCUGACUUCCCUGGUGUGAGGAAAGAGGAGAUAAAGGUAGAGAUUGAGGAUUCAAUGUCCCUCAUAAUUAGAACAGAGGCCAUUGAUGAAUUAACUAAACCUGUCGAGAACUUCAUGAGAAAUUCCGGCUUCCGUGUUUUGGUUGACAUUGAUGGAAUUUCAGCUGGAUAUGAAGAUGGUGUCCCGAUAGUUACUGUACCAAGAUCUUACAGAAGGAGAGGACUCCUUAUUGACCCAGCAGCUAUGCCUGAGAGGCUGGAAGUUACUGCUAGAGCUGCUUGAAUUAAUAAUUUUAACAUGAUUUGAUUAGCUGGUUACACACUAAAUUUGGGUUUUGAUUAAUUGUUAUAAUGGGUAAGCUAUAUACAAUAUUUGAUAAUAUCUUGUUAUUGAUGGAGUAUGUGUAAAAGAUUUUAUCAUCUGAAUGAAAAUUUCAGAUCUUAC